UUAAGAAUAGCAAGCUAACGUCAGAUUGACCCAGCCUACCAUUCAAGCACUUCACCCCAUAAGGACUUUUUGUUAUGUGGAAGCUAUUUCUGCGUUAACAUGUUAUCAGUGUAAUGUCGGUGAGACCAUGUAGAGCCUGUUGUCGCGAGCUAAUGGGAUUAUUCCAAAGGGGAAACUGAAGAUAGCUUUCAACAACAACAACAAGACGAAGGGGCAGAGCAGCUGCACAGUGAGCUGGGGUUUCUGCCAGCCAUGUAUUCGUUUUCAGGCCCCACAAGCUAUCCUGAAUUUGACCUCGGAUCUCCAAGUACUUCUGGCCACCUACAGAGAGCACCUCUGUCUAACAGCAGCUGGGAGACGAGAUGCCUCAGGAAGCACAGGAGGAGAGUUGAUGAUGAAGGAUGCAGUGCCAAAAGGAGGAGGUUAAUGUUCGAGGCAGAAGUGGACAUUUCAGAGAACUCCAACACUAGCUCUCAUCAUGACUGGCCUUCAGCGCCCAGCCGCCCUCCUCUGCCUGCACAGCCCAGCAGUUCUGCCCCCCCACAGCCCUGCCCAGCGCCCCACAGCCCGCAGCCCUCCUCCACGCUGCCCCGACCCGAUCCAGAGGGCUCCUGCAUGGAGAUAGAGGCCGCUCAGAGGAGACUACAGGAGAUCGAAGACAGGAUAACGCUGGAGGAUGACGAUGAGGAUGAGGAUCUGGAUGUAGAGCCUGCCCCCAGACGACCAGUGCUGGUGAUGUCCGACAGUCUGAAGGAGGGUCUGCAGCGCGGCAUCAGUGACAUCCUGCCGCACACAGUGGCCCAGUCUGUGAGCCAGUCCUGCAUGGAGCUGGUGUUGUGGCGGCCUCCAGAAGAUCCCUUCUGUCGGAAGCGAAAGGUCUCUUUACAGAAACAGCAUAAAAAGCAGACUGUGUCUCGGCUCCCCCCGACUCCCUGUCCAUCUCCCACCCCUCACCCCCCCCUGAGCGCCUCCAGCCCGCCUGCAGACACACACUCCGCUCUGUACAGCUUCCCUGUAGCCCUCACCUCUGGAGAGGAGGACAUGGAGAUGUAAUGGUGCUUGAUGAUCGAGCAGCAUGCCAAAGUAAAAGACUUGAAAUGAAGUCGACAGAAGACUAUGAAGGACUUGGAACCACCAGUUCGGCUUAACAUCAAUAUGUCACGUUUUGCUUUACAGUCACGCCGUUGAGUUUUUUUUUUUUACUAUAACCCCAAUCAACUAUAUGAAAGGUGUAACAAUAAGGCUGACCGUACCUAGUUUUAUUCAUUUAAAUCUCAAGACAUGAUGUCAAGAUGCAUUUCUAUAGGCAGCCUUACCCAACUGGUUUUAUAUGACUUACAGAAUGAACCUUUGCCCUUAGAAGUGACAUCCUUUGUACAGCCUUUUUGCCAAAUCUUCUCCAACAACUCACUGAUGUACUGUAAAUAACUUUGAUCUUUGUUAAACUUCAGUGUGCAGCACCUGAGCUUUGUACAGUUUUUCUAUGUUUAGCUUCUGGCAUUUACCAGGACAUAAAAGUUAGUUUGUGUGUUCAUGUUUGCUCAUAGCAUGACUUCCUGUUCGCUGUUGUUGUGGUAGGAAUAUUAUCCACCCAUAGUUGUUAGCAAGUAAGUAAAGAAGUCAUGGAAAUGCACCUUUAAUGAGUUGAUUGUAUUUUCAUACUGUAUAUAUCCAUUACCAGAAUUGCAACUAGCCAUCGAGUGUUAUGACCUUGUUUGUUUUUCAAUAAACUCUUACGUUUUCCAGA